UUGGACCGCUUAUUUGGUUAUGGACUAUGCGUUGCGAAAGCAAGCAUGGCUAUUUUCGCAAGUGCAUAAGAAGUGCCCAGAACUUCAAGAACAUCACAUUAACACUUGCUGAAAAACACCAGCUUCUUCAGGCGUUCAGAGGGAGUACUUGCCGCUUUGAAAGAGACUUAGUGGUUGACUGCACAUUUCUUUUUUGCCCUAGUUUGUUCAGUAUGGAGGUUCAAGAAGCCAUAAAGGCCUGUGGACUACUAGGAAAAGAAUUGCAUUGCACAUACCAAGUUGAAUACAGGGGCACCAAGUACAGCAAAGACAUGUUUGUAAUUUUGGGUCGUGAGGAAAGCAGACUAGUGUUUGGCCGGAUCAUUUUUAUUUUAUUGCUAGACAACAAAGUCUGUUUUCUUGUACGUGUGACUUGUUCUGUUUUGGAACCUAUGAUGAUGAUAUAUUUGUUGCCGGGUCCAGAAUCUGGGGCACUGAAGUGCAUUUCCGUUCAGGACCUUCAAGAUUACUAUCCGCUUGAGUCAUAUGUUGUUGGCCAUCCAAAAGUCACAGUCAUUGCACUGAAGCAUGCUGUUUUAGAUCAUUGCUAAUUUUUUUUUCAGCUCUGAGGACUUCAUGUCACUUGUACAGGAGUGGCUUCCAGCACUCAGCGAGGAAGACCUCACAACGAUUGGUCGGAAACUACAGGAGUUGGGAGUAAAAUGUGCAGAACAUUUCAGAUAUCUACAAGAAUCAGACUUAAACUUCUUAGCCCCUGUGCAAAGGCGCAUUCUGCUUGAGAAAUUUCAGACCAUCAGAGCUGCUCCUGUCCCAUCAGGCCCAAGUGGCACUUGUGCUACAGUGACUUCAGAUGCUAACUCACAGCUAGAUGAAUGGGCUGAGAAAUUUUGCAUUCCUUGGGAAAUAUUUCCACCACGCUUACUUCAAGCAUGCAAAGCACAAGAAAGGGCUACAAAAGCCGAUCUGAACCAGAUGGUGAGAAUGUUAAGUUCUCUCAUCUUGGAUAAGCAUUCAGCGCCUGGCAGACGGAACCUGAGAAUAAUUGCAGCAAAACUUGUGUCAGUGUAUCCUUCAACAUUUCAGGAUUUGUUAGAGGGUACAGUUGUCGGCACAGGAGUUGAGACUUUAAUGUGGAAGCUCGAAAACUGCAUCAACAACAAGAAGAGACCAAUUGCGCAUAAGCUGCCUGCGGAAAUUGAUGACCCAGACUCAUUCCAGCCACGUCCACGAUCUAGACGUGACUCCUACGGUUGCCUAGCAUGGCAACCAGAGCUGCCAAGUGGAGAAAAUAUGUUGGCACAACGGGAAAAGCAGCAGCAGCUCCUUUGUGAGCAUGCUAAAAUGUACCCCAACAAGCAACUUGUCUGUCGUUUGAUGAUAGAGACGUAUGCAUCUCAAAGACUGACCAUUAAUCACUCAAGGAGUGUGACAGAGGUGAAAAAAAACUGGCCAUUUUUGUUUACUGAGGACUGUCUUCUUGAGCAUUCCAAGGAGCUACUUGGUAGUGAGGUUUGCCAAAGACUUGAUGCUAGCAUGGAAAUUGUUGGGCUUCGUGUAUAUCGCUAUGCUUACAGUCAGAUAAAACGGCCAAAGGUGAAGAAAUGUCUCGAAGAAAUAGAACAAGCAAAGAACCGUCUGAAGAGUGUGACACCAGAGCAUGAAGGUGCGCCUGUUCUCCUCCUUGCCCUGCUUGACGAGGAUGAAGAGCUCAUCUACAAGACCGUUGAGGAGACCGCCCAUGACGAUGACCUAGGAGACAUGCCCUUGACGCCCAUAAUAUGUAUGAAAGGACCGGGUCUUUUUGAGGCAGAAAUGUUCACUGUCUGUGUGGAUGGUGUUGCUCUAUUGACUACUCAGCGGGCCGCAGCUUUCAAAGCCAUGUUUCUUUUAUACUUUGUCCUUAACAUCGAGUAUCCACCUGAAGUGGCUUUGACAUUGGAGUUUGUGCAGAGGGCAAUCGCGGGAAUCAACCCAGAAAGAAGCACAAAGGCACGGCGAACAUCGAAGAAGCAGUAUUGUUUGUCCCCAAAGGUGGCUGCCCUGGCGAAUGCCCUGGAUCAGUACAAGUUCUGAUCUUGUGUUUGAGCUUUAAUAAAAUAAAAUUUAGAAGUU